CUAUAAAUAAAUAGUCUCGGGCGUAAUUUUCUAAGACUGUCUGAUCUGCCGAGUCUUCGUUCGUCAUAUUCUCCAGCUUCGAGUUAACCUGAUCGCAGCAGGCCUGCGUACAAGCAUCACCAUCACCAUCACCAUCACCAUUAUUAAUGACUCCCCUCCACAUCUCUCUAACACUCCCCUAUAACAUCUUCGCAUCCCCUAACCCUCUUUUCCCUAGAACCACGUCCUCUCCCAACCGCUAGUCCAUACAGAACCCCCAAUGGCUCUAAAAGGCACGCCCCCCCUCCCCAACAACAAUGACAGCAACUGGACGCUCAUGUACAUCUUCCUUGGCUUAGUUCCGGUAACAUUCACCAUAAUAGCCGUAUACGCCGUAUGGCGGGACAAACGUACCCCUUUUCGAGACAUCGAGAUGGCAGCCCUGCCCUCGCAACGCGUGUUGCCGUGGCGAGAAGCAAUCGCGGCCUCCGAAGGACGCGGGACUGGGACCGGGGAGUCCUCCUCGCGUCCGGAAAACAACCAGGCCCGGAUAAUGGUCACGAGACCCUUGUCUAUUGUGCCCGUUACGCCAAAUAAAGUGCGGUUUGGUGGACCGCCGGGCAUGAGCAUGUGGCAAAAGCCUAACGGCCACCGGGGGAAGGAUGUAAGCGCAAAGGCGGAUGCGGUUAAGGCGACGCCGACCAAGCAGCCGCAUAGGAAAGUUGUACUGAGAAGCAUGGGUAGAAUUUCUGAAGAGCUCGAGGUGGCUUUCUAGCGUAGAUAUUACUAGCGAUACCGAUGCCCUAGAGGUUAGUUAUAUGUAAAUAUAUUCACUUAUUG